CCCACCUUUGCCUCUGUCUCGUUUCGGAGUCAGAGGAGUGUCGUUGCCAAGGCAAGGAGAGCUCUCCACCCACGGAACGAAAACCGGAUGUUUGUGACUUGUGAAGCAAGCAGCUGUCACUGACAUAGCUAACGUUAGUAGCCUAGCGAGAUAACUUAGCAAGCAUUUCAGCGGGGAUCAAUUUCACAGAUUUUACGGAGGCUGGCUGAGCACCUGACCAGAUUUUGAUCCGUGUGGAGUCUCAUAGUUCACCACCAUGUCUUCAGACCUUCUGGUUGACCUCAAUGAUGACCUUGGAGUAGAUGAUCCUCCCAGCAAUGCCCUGGACCAGCUCAAACUGUCUCCAAUGGGGGACAAGCUGUGGCCCCCAGAUGACUCCAGUAUGAGCAAGUCUGAGACGGACAUAUCCAAGCGGUUGGGGGAGGGGUCACACCUAUCCUGGGACCACCCAUACUAUGAUAUUGCCAGGCAUCAGAUUGUCGAAGUAGCAGGUGAUGAUAACUUUGGCAGGAAGGUGAUUGUCUUCAACGCCUGUCGGAUGCCCCCCCACCACGAACUGGACCACCACAAGCUACUGAUGUAUCUGAAAGCCACCCUAGACCAGUAUGUUGAGAGCGACUACACCCUCAUCUACUUCCAUAAUGGCCUCACCAGUGAGAACAAGCCAUCUCUCAGCUGGCUGAGAGACGCCUACAGAGAAUUUGACCGGAAGUACAAGAAGAACAUCAAGGCACUGUACAUUGUCCACCCCACCAUGUUCAUCAAGACUCUUCUCAUCCUCUUCAAGCCUCUCAUCAGCUUCAAAUUUGGACAAAAGAUCAACUACAUCAACUACCUGAGUGAACUGGAGGACGUUGUUAAGUGUGAGCAGCUAGUGAUACCCACCCGGGUGCGAGUGUAUGAUGAAAAAAUCAGAGCCUCACUAAAACCAUCAGUUCAGGCCCAGAUGUCCCCCCCCCGCAGUCCACCACUACCCAAUCAACAGUUUGGAGUCUCCUUGCCAAUGCUAAGAGCGAGAAGUUCAGACAACGAAGCAGUUCCAUUGGUGAUGCGAGACACCGUGGCCUUCUUAAUGGAACAAGGUCUUGAAAUUGAGGGGAUAUUCCGGCGGUCAGCCAACGUGACGCUCGUCAAGGAUGUUCAGCACAGAUAUAACUCGGGUGAGGAGUUGAGUUUUUCCCAGAUGGAGGACGUUCACCUGGCAGCUGUCAUCCUCAAGACAUUCCUCAGAGAACUACCAGAGCCCCUCCUCACAUACCAGCUCUACAAUGACAUUGUCAACUUUCACAAUGUUGACAGCAGUGCCAAAGUGACUGCGAUCCGGAACAUGCUGGCAAUGCUCCCUGAGGAGAACUAUGCCUCCCUGAAGUUCCUCAUUGAGUUCCUGGUGCAGGUGUCCGCACAGAGUGAGAUCAACAAGAUGAACAACACCAACCUGGCAGUGGUGUUUGGACCCAACYUGCUAUGGGGACAAGACGCUGCCAUGACACUCAGUGCCAUCGGCCCCAUCAAUAACUUCACCAGAACUCUGUUGGACCAACACGACAAGGUCUUUUCCCCCUAAGACGUCUCCUGACAGCUAUCUCUAACCACGCCCCAUUCGUUCGGUGUAUAAAUCCCCGUCUCUGACCAUGUCUCUGUAUUGGUCUAGUACAGUGUAACUGUCUCUCCCAGUGCCCCUAGUAGUGUUGCCAUAUGCAUGAGUGUAUUGUGACUGUGACUGAGGACACAGAGAGAGAAAAAGACAGGGGAGACGAACCAUU